UAUUUCAUAUCGGCAUAAUUAUAUGGGCACGGACUCUUUCUCCGAGUCCAAAUGAUUUCCAAGUAUUCAGUACUCAGAAGGUGGAAUCAUCUAAGAUGGAAAAUCACCAAAUUUUACUCAACCUUUCAGCAGAAUCGUCUCUCGUCCCCAGACAUAGUUUCAAUCAAUAUUUCAAUCACAAAGCAUGCAAGAGAAGGAAAUUUAGAGAUUGCUCGGAUGUUAUUCGACGAAAUGCCAGUGAGAACUGUGGUAACUUUCAAUACUAUGAUAUCUGGUUAUUCGAAGUGGGGUAAGCUUAAAGAUAGCCUUGAUAUUGUUAUGAUAAUGCAUAAAAGUAGUGUUAAGUUAAAUGAUUCUACUUUUUGUUCAGCUUUUAGCGUUUGUUCCCGUUUACGAUCUUUACAUGACGGGAAACAGAUACAUUGUUUAGUUUUAAAAUCUGGGUUUGAACACUUUGAAUUUGUUGGUAGUUCUUUGUUGAACUUUUACGCGACUAGUUAUGAAAUUGAUGAAGCGAAAAAGGUUUUUGAUGUGUUGCAUGAUAGAAAUGAGUUGUUAUGGACUUCCAUGAUUGUGGGUUUUGUUCACUGUGAUUUAAUCAAGGAUGCCAUGGAGCUAUUUGAGGAAAUGCCUAUUCGUGAUGUUGUUUCGUGGACGAUGAUGAUUUCUUGUUACUCAAGGAGUGAAGAUGAGUAUAAAGAAGCAUUGAAGUUGUUUAAGUUGAUGAUAGUUGAUGGGGAAGUAAGGCCUAAUGAAUUUACAUUUGAUAGUGUUUUAAGGGCUUGUACUAGAUUGGGAGGUCUUGAUGAAGGGAGAAUGGUUCAUGGGUUUUUGAUUAAGUGUGGGUUUGAAGUUGAUCAGUCUGUUUGUGGUGCAUUGAUUGAGUUCUAUUGUGGUUGCAACAUCAUUGAUGAUGCAAAACGGGUUUAUUGGCAAUUUUCUCAUCCAAUUUUGAAUACUUCAAAUUCACUAAUUGGAGGACUUGUUUCAAUGGGUAGGAUUGAUGAGGCAGAAAUAAUCUUCCACCUAAUCGAACCAAAUCCUGUUUCCUGUAAUUUAAUGAUUAAAGGGUACGCACUGAGUGGUAGAAUUGAUGAUUCGAAAAGAUUGUUUGAGGAGAUGCCUGAAAAAACUAUAGUUACUUCAAAUACUAUGAUCUUUGUGUAUUCUAGAAAUGGAGAGCUCAGCAAAGCUGUUGGGCUUUUUGAACAAACAAAAGAGGAGAGAAAUACUGCUACAUGGAACUCAAUGAUUUCAGCAUAUAUUGAAAAUGACCAACCGAAAGAGUCAUUGAAGUUAUAUGUUGCUAUGCAUAGGUUACCAGUACAGAAAAACAGAUCAACAUUCUCUACCCUUUUUUAUGCCUGUUCGUGUUUGGGAUCACUUGAACAAGGAAAGCUACUUCAUGCCCAUUUGAGCAAAACCCCAUUUGAAUGGAAUGUAUAUGUUGGUACAUCGCUUGCAGACAUGUAUGCAAAAUGCGGAAAUAUAACUGAUGCUCGAGCUUCAUUUACUCAUAUAUCUUCGCCUAACGUUGCUGCAUGGACUUCUUUAGUACAUGGCUAUGCUUACCAUGGACUAGGAAGAGAAGCAAUAAUGUUAUUCCAUCAAAUGUUAGAUCGAGGGGUGUAUCCUAAUGGGGUAACAUUUGUUGGACUUCUAUUAGCCUGUGUUCAUUCAGGAUUGGUAGAUGAGGGAAUGAGACUAUUUAGUUUGAUGACGAGAGAUUAUAAUAUAGAACCCAUGUUAGAGCACUAUUGUUGUGUGGUGGAUCUUCUUGGUCGAGCAGGACGUCUAAAAGAAGCAGAGAAUUUCAUUGAUGGGAUGAUGUUGGAACCAGAUUGGAUUAUCUGGGGAUCUUUGCUUAGAUCUUGCUGGUCCUGGAUGGACAUGGAAAUCGGUGAAAGGGUGGCUGAAAAGUUGCUUAGGCUGGACCCUGAUCAAAUAACUCCUUACGUGAUUAUGUCAAAUAUCUAUGCAGCAGUUCGUAAAUGGGGGAAGGUGGAGGAAGUGAGAAAGAAAUUGAGAUCCAUGAAAGUGAAAAAGGAUCUUGGGUGUAGUUGGGUUGAAGUGAAGAACACUCCUCGUGUUUUUCAGCAUCGAAUGUUGAACUCGUCCAUAAUGCAUUGAGAUCUACACAACUCUAGAGGAUUUAACAAGUAAUGUUCUAUAAUACAAAUUUGAAUAUAAUUGUUCUAAAGCAGGUUUACUUUCUUCAACAAGAAUAACACCAAAUAUAUUAUUUGUUCCUGUUAUACUAUGUUUCAAAGGAAGGUGGAGCGUUCAACUUAACGUAGCAGUUCAGUAGAUGAACGAAGAAUGUAGUAUUUGAAUGAUAAGACCACAAGCAGCAGCCAGCCAUGCAUUCCGGGUGAUGCUUUUCCCUAGAGCACUAGAGAACACCCACAAUACAGGAAAUGAAGAAACUAAUCCGUGGUAAUUGUAGAAGACCUGCUUUAGAUGAGAACUAUCAGACAGUUAAUUCAAGUCUUCAACACAGAAUGAGGGAAGUGUUUAAGGAUGUUACUAACGUCAUGCUUGGCACUUGUUAGAGGAACGGCACCAAUGCAUCAAAAAUUCAGUGUGUCAGGCUAAUAGCAAAUAUCAGUCAAGAAGAAGUCUUGUGGCGAAUGCUACCAGAGUGACUCCUGCUCUAGCUGUCUCUUUAAAAACUUGCAAGAGGAUGCAAUAGUAUCUAUGUUUCUAGAAGAAACAGAGAAAUCCGACUUUGACGCACAAGGAAGUCUGUUUUCACUGAAAUCUGAAGAAAAUGAAGAAUGCAGUGAAGGACAGGGAGUAUCGUAAGAUGGUGCUUAGCUUAUCUCCGGUAUACAAAUUCCCAGAAAGCCCUCAUAAGAACAUCCUACUCUUUUACGAAUGUUUGAUUACGCUAACAGUUAUUUGGCAGUAAAAGAUCGUAUGCAAUAGUGAAGGGGAGAUAUACCGUAAUGUUUAUUUGCUUUGAACAUCUUACGUGUUCGACAAAGCUCAGGUGGCGGAGAAUUCUUGCCAUGGUCCAGUACAGAAUUGGUUCUGAAUGCUAGGAUCCUCUGAUGGGCAGCCUUUGCAUCCCCUUUCCCUCAACCCCCCACCUGAUAUUUAUAGAAACUACGUGCCACAGAGAUACAGCCUCGAGCUCAAAACUGACUCGUCAAGGCGUCACAAGUCAUGACUACAGAGAUGCAGAUUUUCGUGAAGACCCUUGUUGGUAAGACGAUAACGAUAGAUGUUGCAAGUACUGAAACAGUUGAGAGUUUGAAGCUCAAGAUUCUGGAUAAAGAAGGCGUUCCGGUUAAAGAGCAAAGGUUGAUCUACUGUGGAAAACAACUCGAAGAUGAGAAAACCAUAGGAGACUAUAAUAUCCAAAAAGAAUCUACUCUCCAACUUGUUCUGCGCUUAAGAGGCGGAAAUGGAGUUAUGUUCCAGGAGUUUACUGGUAAUACUCUGAUUUAUCAGAACUAAUGAACCAUUCUUGAGAUGGGUCCACUUGAGCUUCGUCAAUGAUCACCUUAGCAGCCGAUGGCGAGUUAAAACAAGAAUGAAGUACAUUGAUAAUUAAUAAAUCGUGAUUGUUCGGUUGACAUUGUUAUUUUGCAAUGCUUAAAAUCAUAUAGUGAAAUCUAGUGAUUAAUUUCUAGAGAGGAUGAUCUACCUCAGUAAUUUAUAAGUUUAUAGUCAUUUUUUUAAUUCUUUUUUUGAAGCAUAUUUAACGAUUCAUUCCUAACUUUGCCAGUGG